AUGGUGAUUGCCGGUGCGCCUGAGCCGACGCCAGAGCUUGUUGCCUCCUGGUCGGCAAUGGUCGCCAAGCCUCAGUCUGAGCCCAAAAGGGCGACCACGGCGACGAAGCCCUCUCUGCCUCCGGCUCCGAAGCCCUCGACAACAUCCUCAGAAAAGAUUCCUCACCCCGGACCUGCGGCUCUCCUUUUCGCGGAUGCGCCUGGUUCAACUGCGACUGUUGUCGCUCAGACUCCUGCAACUGCUGCUGCUGUUCCAUCCGCCCCGGCUGUGCCGGCUGAACCCCAGGCGUUCCCUGCUGCACCGCCGGAGUCUGUCGCCGACCCCUCGCCUCCCUUGCCUGCGGGACUUGUCGCCGCGCCUGAGUUGCCGACUCCUGCCUCUGUCUCAUCCCCGCAGGCGGCGUCCGCCACCACUGGCGGCCCGGCCCUGUUGGUUGCCCCGCUGGUUGGGGGUCCGGCUGCACCUGUUGUGCCACCGACUACUCCAGCGGCGCAGCUGCCUCGCCCGCCGUCACCCGGCCGGCGCCCAUCUCGCCCUCAUUCUCCCGCUCCCCAGCAGGAUCGUCAAUCCUCACGGCGCCGGCGCAAUUCUCCCCAUCGCCCGCAUCAGCAGGCCCAAUGGCACGCGAACCACGGCGGCCGCGGUGGCUGGUGGGGUCCCCGCGGUCGCGGAGGUGGUGGGGCGUACGAUCCGCCCGUGAGGAUGGCGGAUCUGCAGCGGGCGGUGUCAACUGCGGUGCGUGAGGAGAGGGCUGCCCUAACCCAGGGCAGCUCUCACGCAGUCGUGGCACGUGCUGCUCCUCGACAGGCCGUACUUCCUGUGGAUCCGCCGCCAGCUGCACCCGUCCCUCAUCAGAGUCUGGCCCCGUCGGCUCCCCUUGUUUCUGCCUCUGCUCCUCUUCCUGGGUCUCGGCUUCGUCUCCCGCCCGUUCCGCCUGUGGCGGGAGUUGAAUUUGUGGCAGCGGGAGGGGGAGCGCAGUAUCCUCAUCCCGGAGUUGGCGGUUCAGUAACUCCUGCCCUCGAGGAGCCGUUUCAGUUUCUGGCGCAGGCAUUACAGCCUCCACAGUCCCGUGUUCCAGAGGCGACUCUCGCCCAGCUCCUCCGCCUCGCGGAGAGCUUUCACGCUCUACUCCUGAUACAGGUGGAGGAGCAGCAGCAGCAGCAGCAGCAGCAGCAGCAAGAUGCUCCACAAGGUGCCGCACGUCCGGCUGACCGUUCUAGGAGGGAUGUGCGCCCUCCUAACCGGCUGACCUAUCCGAGCUUUGGCAAGCCAAAGGUGGUACGGGCUGGGAGUGUGGCUGAGCAGUGUGAUGAGGAAGAGAUAGCACACUACUACUGGGCAGCCGUCCCUGAGCCCAAGACGCUAGCUGAGGCCUUGAGUGGGCCCGAUGCUGAGAAGUGGAAGCAGAGUGUGAAGGAGGAGUAUGACUCUCUGCUGGAGAAUGAAACGUGGGAGCUGUGUGAGCUUCCUCCUGGGAAGAAGGCCAUUUCUUCCAAGCUGAUCUUCAGGCACAAGUACGGACCUGAUGGGGAGCUGACCCGCUACAAGUCAAGGCUUGUGGCAAAGGGGUUUCAGCAAACAAAGGGGAAGGACUUUGACGAGAUCUUUGCUCCUGUGGGGAAAGGGACUACACUAAGGGUGAUGUUGGGAAUGGCUGCAAACCGUGGAUGGAGGAUCAAGCAGAUGGACAUCACAACUGCUUUCCUCAAUGGGAUCAUCCUAGAGGAGCUGUACAUGCUGCAGCCUGAGGGGUUGGAUGAUGGGAGUGGCAGGGUGUGCAGGCUCAAGAAGGCCAUCUAUGGCCUUAAGCAGGCUCCUCGCGCAUGGUACCACAAGUUGGAGGAGACACUGCUGGCUGGGGGUUUCAAGAAGAGUGAGUGUGAUCACAGCUUGUUCCUGCUGCAAGAGAAGGAGCAGUUUCUCAUGCUCCUGGUGUAUGUGGACGAUAUCCUGCUCUUCUCUAAGUCGUCUGCAAUGAUUGAGCAUGUGGAGGAGAUGCUGGAGAUGCAGUUUAAGUGCUCCAAGAUGGGAGAUGUGAAGUACUAUUUGGGCAUGCAUGUGGAGAGGGACCUUGACAAGGGAGUGUUGAGGUUGCACCAGAGAAAGUAUUGUGAGGGGCUGGCUGAGAAGUAUGGGCUGCAAGAUGGAGGAAAGCCAGCCACCCCACUGCCUUCGGGGUUCACUGUGGAGCCCUGUGCUGAUGAGGAGGUGGUGGGUGAGAGUGACAGGAAGCUGUUUCAUUCCAUGGUGGGUGCACUCAAUUAUGCGGCAAACCACACGCGGCCUGACAUUACCUUUGCUACAUCCAGGCUUGCAAGUGUGGUUUCACGCCCCAGUCAUGAGCAGCUGGAAGCGGCCAAGAGGUUGGUCCGCUAUGUGAGUGUUACGGCAUCAGUGGGCUUGGAGUACAGUGCUGUGCGACAGAGGCUGCAGAGGGGUGCAGCUGAUUUGGGCAAGGGGGAGAUGCUCCUGACCUGCUACACCGACGCUAGCUUCAACUCUGUGAAGGCGGAUGGCACCAGCAUUGGAGGCUAUGUGUGCCUGUUUGGAGGUGGUGCAGUAAGCUGGCGCAGCAAGAAGCAGAACGAGGUGGGGCUGUCCUCGUGUGAGACAGAGUACAUGGCCCUGCAUCAUGGGGCUAAGGAGGUGGUGUGGCUGAGGCGUUUGUUGGAGGAGAUUGGAGUGUGCCAGAAGGAGCAGACUGUGAUUUUCUGUGACAACGAGUCGGCUGUGAAGCUUGCUAAGAACGCUUGUCUUCAUGGCCUGACAAAGCACGUCAGGCCAAAGUGGCACUGGGUGAGGAGGCUCCUGGACAAGGAGGUGCGGCUGGAGAUUGUGAAGACCCAUCAGCAGGCGGCUGACAUUCUCACCAAGCGCCUGGCAGAAUCUGAACAUUGGAAGGGCAUGAAGCUUGCUGGGAUGAGUGUGCAUUGA